CCGCCCUGCCCCGUCUCCCCGCUCGCAGGCCCGGGAGGCCUCUCGCCCCGCCCCGGCCGCCGGGUGGAGCCCGCGCUUCCGCCUGCUCGGGCCGGGACCCCCGGCGCCGCCAUGUUCAGCCGCCUGGGCGCCCUCCUGCAGCGGGCGGUGGAGACGCAGGAGCCCAGCUUUGACCUGCUGGAGGCAUUCACCGAGCACUGGAAAGGGCUCACUCACUACUACCUAGAGACCACAGAUGAAAACACCCCAGUUAAGGAGACCGAUAUACCCUGGCGCCUGAAACAGAUGCUGGACAUUCUGGUGUAUGAGGAGAAGCAGCAUCCAGCCGGGGAGACAGGGCCUUGUUUGGAAUACCUGCUGCAGCACAAAAUCUUGGAGACCCUCAGCACUCUGGGGAAAGCAGAGUAUCCUCCAGGCAUGAGGCAGCAGGUGUUCCUCUUCUUCAGCAGAGUUCUGGGACAGGUGCAGCAUCCACUGUUGCACUAUCUGAAUGUGCACAGACCUGUUCAGGCUGACCCCGCCCUUGUCCUUCCACAGAAGCUCCUUCAGUUCGGCAGUGAUGCGCUAGGCUCUGCUAGUGAGAAGGAAGAAGUACAGUUUGCUGCUGUUCUGUGUGCAAAGAUCAAGCAGGAUCCUGCUCUGCUCACGUAUAUUCUGGAGGGCAAGAAUCUUCUGACUGGGAGCCCACAGGGAGAUGCCGGCAGCAGCCAGGAAGAGAGCUUGGCUACCAACGGGGCCCUAACUGCAUCUCCUGAGCCGGACAGAGAGAGCUCCGUGUGUGAUGCACCCUGCGCUAGCCUGGCAGGAAAACCAAAGAAUUCUGUCUCCAGCUCCUCCCCGCUGAGAAAGGAAAACAAUCUGAUCACUUCCUUAAUCAACUUGUGCAAGAGCCAGAAGAGCAGGGUUGCUCUAAAAGCUCAGGAAAACCUGCUGCUUCUCAUGAAUGUCGCUCAGCAGGCAGCUGCCACGUACCUGGUACAGAACAGCGCCCUGUGCUGUCUGGUCACUGAUCACCUGUGUGACCUGUACAAUGCCGUCCCUACUUCAGCCGACCCUGCAGAUAUCCUCUCCCUAGAGAGAGUCAGCUGGAGGUUGCAGAAUAACUCCGCCGAUGAGGCCUCCUUCCCUGGAAAGGGGAGCCUGGAUGCUUUCUUUAGCUGGUUAGAUUACUGUGAUCACCUCGUGAAAGAGGCCCACCCGGUAGUUGCAGAUGCUGUAACGGAGGCCAUUGGUGAAAAGCUCUUCCAGGGGAUUCUGCAGCCACAGCUCUUGCAGAUGUCUGAACUUGGCAUCCUCACCUCUACUGCAAUGCUGACCGCCAUGGUGAGGCAGAUCAGUGCUUCUGCCCUGCUCCGGGAACUGGUGACAUUCCUGCUGGGCACGGAGAGGCAGCCAGAAGCCAUCACUGACUCUCCACAGCAGCACCUCCUACGCUCUCAGCUGAUAGAGCAUUGCAACCACCUGUCUGAUGAGAUCAGCCUCGCUACCAUGAGGCUGUUUGAGGAGCUGCUCCGGAAACCCCAUGAGCACAUUGUGUACAGCCUUGUGCUGAGAAACCUGGAGGAGCGGAGCUACAUCCUGCACAGCCAGCCAGGGCAGGAGGAGCGGAGCACCCAUGAGCAGGACCAUUGCGAGGACACAUUGGAGCUGGAGGAAGAUCCCUAUUUCACUGAUGAAUUUCCAGAUAUAGGCUUCCGGACAUGUAAAAAGCCAAUGCCAUCCUCCCCCCGGGGGCCUGCCAGGCCUAAUGAGAAGACAGACGUGAAUGAGAUUGUUCUCAGCUUCCUGGGCCUUGUUCCUGACGAAGCAAAGACCUCCUCCUACGUGGAGGAGGCAGGAUACGACACCUAUGUGCACGAUGCCUUAAGGCUGUUUCAGCAAUGCUCCACUAACAUAUCCUCAUGGCAUUGGCCUCAGGCACCAAAACCUCUGGAGUCCUGUGACCCACAAGCAGUGUUUUAUGAGGGCCACUUCCUGAAGGUGCUGUUUGACCGUAUGACACGGAUCCUGGAUCAGCCCUACGGACUGAACCUACAAAUGACAUCAGUGCUGUCCCGCCUGGCCCUCUUCCCGCACCCACACCUCCAUGAAUACCUCCUGGACCCCUACCUGAACCUCGCUCCUGGCUGCAGGACGCUCUUCUCUGUACUCAUCAGGGUGAUUGGAGAUCUGAUGCAGAGAAUCCAGCGGGUGUCUCAGUUCCCAGCCAAGCUGCUGUUGGUCAGGAAACAGUUAAUGGGGAUGGUCCCUGAAGAGCAGAUGGAUCACAUGACCCUCUUCCAGGGAGUGGUGGUGCUGGAGGAGUUUUGUAAGGAACUGGCAGCCAUCGCCUUUGUGACGUUCGCCCCCGAGAGCCCUCCAUGAGCCCUGCUUCCUGGAGAGAAGACCCAAAUGCAAUGCCAGCAGGUGCUGCUGGAAUGGGGAGAUUAGUGCUCCGUGGCUCAGGGGAAGGUAGCACCAUUCCCCAUCUGCCUUAGCUGAGACCUUCCUGUAUCACUGGCCUCUAGAGAACAUCUGACUCCCCCCUGCGCACAGCUUACCACACUCAAACUAUCAACCAGCCCCUCUCCACAGAGCAGCAGGGAACCAGGACUCUGCAGCAUCGCAACAGAGGGCGACUCCUCCAGACAGCCUCAACAACUCACUCAGGUUUGAUGCCUCUCUUUCUGGGGGAAAGGGACUCUGCUUCCUACUUUCCAAAACCAAUGAUUUGGUCAAGUCAUUGGUGGAAAGAACAUGCUCAGAGUUCAACUCUCAAAGCUGGCUGGGAAAGCACUAGCUGCCAGAGCCCGCAAUGUUCAGAAAGCAAGACUAGGGGUCUUGAGAGCCCUCCACCAUUUCUGCCUCUUAGGAUCAGAGUGAUCAGCACCCACAAUCCAUGCUGCAAGAUUUUUAUAGCUCCUCUUCCAGGUGCCUAUGGCUAGCAGGGGGGAAAGAUCAGGGGAGUGUCUAAAGCCCUGUGGAAUAGAGAUCUGCAUUGCACUCUCGCUACAUAGGGCCCAUUACAGUAGGAGUGCACUGUUCUUUCUGGUAUCCUGGCAGUGGGCCCAGAAUAGACUUCUAGGUAACUGUAGGUGAAGGAAGGAUUCAGCACAUUGCAAAAGUGGGUGCUAAAUCAAACCACCACCACACUACUGGUCUUGUUUCUGGAAGGGUAGAUUCCCAGGUGGAAUCCAUCCAGCCUCCUCCAUGUAAUGAACACAGGGCAGACACGGGAGCCAACCCCAACUUUCCUAACAGGGUGGUCAUAAGGCUUUUCUUCAAGCCUUUAAUCAAAGUGCAGUGUCUCCAGCUGGUGCGUUGCUGCACCUGGCCCAGCAGGGUCUAUUAAAAAAACACCCUGAAUAUAAAAUAUGGACCUGGAAGCCUGCAGUCGGACUCCAGCCAUGGCACUUACGACACCUUUCUGGGCAGGCGGCCAGCCUCACUCUCAGAUCUUCCCUGUUCUCCAGCAGUCCAAAAGGGAUGGAGGAGUAGGGAUGCUGGGUAGCUUUGGGGUAAAAAGCAUGUUCCCAACCCCAGCUGUAAGAGAGGAAUAAAGAAGUGACUGGACCUACCUCCCAAAUAGGUCCUGAGGCUUACUCCAUUGGUUUUGACAUGUUUGGGGAUUCUGAGCAAAGCAAGGAAGGCACGAUUAAUGUGGCUGUGUGACAGACAAGUCCCACUGGGCCCUAUGCGCUGCUGUCAGGGGGCUUUCUGUUAAACAAGAUUUCAUUUAGUCUGAUGCUCUUGCUCAAUAGUGAUGGGGCCCUGGAGCAAGGAGGAAAAGUUCAUUCUGACUUUGAACUGGCUCCAGUUGAUGCUUUCCAUAUGGUCCAAGAAGAGCCACUGUGGCUCUGCCAGGCAGCCGAGACAUGAAAGGUUGCUCCUUGUCCUCAGCAAACCUUUAGAGGCAGCGCUGCAUUCCAUCACGCUUGCAGUGCCUCAGCUCUGGCUGAUCAGAAAAUGGGACAGCAGCCCUCGGGCAGGUGCAGCUCUGCCCUGUCUUCCUGGAGGUAGGAAGGCGCUUUGCUUUAGUUCAGCAGGACUGAGAGUGAAGCAAAGCCUUGCAAAGCAACCUGCCUGGUUGUGAAAGGAAACUCAGAGCUACCUCGAGAGAGCAGGAUGCUUCCCUCACAGAUCCUGAAAAACAGCCGUUUGAGAAGCCAGGAGGGCUGGAGCCCAGCAUCAGCUGAGUUCUCAGUGUUUCCCUAUAAUGGGCCAGAUUCUUGCCUGAUGUCAGGCUUCAUAGCAUCAUUGACCUACACCAGCUGAGGAUCUCACCCACUGCUUUCCUGGGUAGCAAGGAUGAAUUUGUGAAGUGCUAUGGGAAUGAAGUUAGUAAUAGUCUUUUUAUACCAGCAAUAUUACCCCAUUUAACAGGGCUGUCUCUCUAUUGAUAGAUAUUCACACACCCUGCAGAAUCCCAACAUCUCCCUCUCUUCCCUUGGUGCACUUUGGAAUGUAACAAACACUUCAUCACAAUGCAGCGAAAGGUCUCUGGUAACAAGAGUAGAUACAAAUUACAGUAUUUGGGCAGUGCCUAGUACAAUGGGGCCCCGAUCUUGGUUGAUCCCUAGGCACUACCAUAAUACAUCUGAUUAAUAACAUGCUGUUGGGGCAGCUUGUAAGCCUGGCAAAUCUCAUGACAACUGGGUUCUUGACAUUGGGUUGGCAAUGCACUAUUUAACGUUAGUUCCUUGCCUGAUAGAGCUUAACAGAGAAAGCUGUUUGUCCUAGAAAGUCAGGAGAUCAUUGGCCUUCAAAGACAUUAAGUGAUGCAGUAUAGCUAAAUAUGCUGUAAGAAUUAUCUACAGAGGGGCUUGGUCUUGUGUUGCCUCUUAACAACCAUGCACAAAGGUGUGUAGAGCUGGCUGCCUGGUAAAUUUGGGUUUUGGAGUUAUUUAUAGCAACUGCAUGUGGUAAGUGGGUACAAUGAACUGGCAAAUGUUACAGUACCAUUUUUUUCAGAACUAUGCACUUUUAAACUUAUGGUGUGUGACGCAACCAACUGUAAAGUGUGUGCAGUUUAAGUCUGUACAUAUGUACCAUGUACAAGUAACUUAACUCUUCCUGUGGCAAUAAAGUGAUAUCUUGAUAAACUUGAA